CAACAAAUUUUGUCUGAUCCAUGGAAACACGGAUAACACGCGGCUGGCGUCAAUAUACAGUAAAUUCAAUUAGAAAAUUUGUAAAAUCAAUGGAGCUGCUACGAGGAAAUGCAUUGUUCAAUUAUAAACAGGAAUUAGUAAUGGUGAACGAUGCUCUCAGAGAGAUUCGUUAUCUUGGUUUAUAUUUCACAGCCGCGUGGUGUCCACCCUGUCAAAUAUUUCUACCCCUAUUAAAGAGCGUAUACGAGAGAACGCGCGAGGCUGAACUCAAAUUUGAAAUUAUUUACAUACCAUCUGACUAUGACGAGGACAAUAUGUUAGAAUGCUUUACAACGAAACAUGGACCCUGGUAUGCCAUACCCGCUGGCCGAGUAGCGGAAGCACUACGAAAAAAGUACCACGUAAUUUCCUUACCGACUUUAAUCAUCCUGGAUAAGAAUGGUCAAGUGAUGACAAAAAAUGGUAGAAUCGAGAUUGAGGAACAUUCGGACAAAGUCUUAUCCUUAUGGUUUCCAGAAUUCGUAGAAUGAACCGCGAAUUUUCCCGCGGUUUAGAGUAAAUAUCGAAAUU